AUGGAAAAGCUGAGUGCAUUGCAGAAUUCAAGGAGCAGAAUUUACCAAGAAUUUGUGACCUCCUCUGCCCCCCUCCCCCUCCCCCCUCCCCCCUCCCGCCUCCCCCUCCCUCCCCAGCACCACCCCACCCUCCUCCCCGCCCUCCCCAUCGCCCUCGCAUCCCUCCUUACCGCCGCGGUCAUCAUCGUCCUCAUCACCAUCUUCAUCUACCGAUGCCGACGCCGACGCGGUCGCUUGGCUGCCGCCUCCACCACGGAAGACCCCGGCCCUUUUGAAAACGGGGGCGGCGAGGUGGACCACCAUGUCUGGUACAUCAGGACCACCGGCCUCGACGAGUCCACCAUCGGGGCCAUCACCGCUUGGGCGUACAAGGCCGCUGACGGCGUCCUCGGCGACUCCCCCACUGACUGCGCCGUCUGCCUCUCCGAAUUCUGCGACGGGGAGCUCCUCCGCCUCCUUCCCAAGUGCGGCCACGCCUUCCACGUUAGCUGUAUCGAUACUUGGCUCCGAUCCCACGUCAAUUGCCCCCUCUGCCGUGCGCCCAUCGUGGCCCCAACCUCCGCCCCCAGCGGUGCCGAUCCUGGAACAAUUUCUCCCACGUUUUCCUCCGCUUUGUCCUCCCCUGAUUUUUCCCUAGAUGGCAUGGAUCCCAAUUCGAUCCCCUCUGCUGUACUGGAUAGCAAUCAGAUCGACGGCCGCCAAUUGGGAUCUGGUCAAGGCGUCUUACAAGUGGAAACGGAGGGCGAAGAUUUGGAAAUUGGAGCUGGAGUUCCAAUCGUGACUGACCAUAUCCCAAAUUCUGAGCUGCGAGUGCCUAGCAAUAUUGGGGAACAAGGGUUCGAGCCUAUUCGGCGCUCGUUUUCGAUGAAUUCAUUCACUCACGCUCCUUCCUUGCACAGAUCGGAGUUGGUAGAAGGUCUUACUGGUAACACAAAGGAACCCUCCCUGAGAGAGGAGUGGGAUGGCAGAACCACGAGAAAGCAGGGCACUGCUUCCAGUGGCACUACUACUUUGCGGAAAGAAACUGAAAGAUCUUCAUCGAGUGCCAGUGGGGGUUUCUUCUUGCUAAGACAUGUGCGAGCUCGGAGCUCUGUUCUUCCACUGUAAUAGUCCUAUUACUGAAGUAUGUUAUCAAGUUCAUGAAAUGGGGAAUAUCUAAUAUACCAGUGGUUCUCAGCAAGUUGGGAGCUGCUCUGUACUGUUUUGAGUCUGUGUGUGUAGAGUGGAAACAGAGAACAGUGAACCUGUCAGAUACACUGCAUCAGUUAUGGUUAAGGCUAGAAGGUAGAUUUUUGGGUUGAAUUCGCAGCACAGUGACUGGAUGAUAAGUUUCCGUAAGUUGAACUUCUGUAAGGUUUAUGUGUCCAUUAAUUGUGAAUAUAUUACGAGAUUGUAAAAGACUUCACACUGAUUAUAAGAUGCCGCUUAAUAAGUGAGUUUAUUGCCCUU